CUUAACGUUGCAGCGCGCCCCCAGAUUCUUUGGAACUUCAAUCCAUCCACGACUAUCUGUCGCGUUUAAAAACCUCGGUCGACUCCCCCACGUUUUCCUCGCUUUCCUUCUUACCUGGCUACUAUUUUUUCUUUCUUUUUCAUACGGUAAUCUCCUGUAAAUCUAUCCAAACCUUUAUUCGCAGCCAUGUCUCUCAAGAACGACAAGUUCCCCGCCUCAGCCGCCUUCGACGCCAUCCAAGCGGCUAUCAACGCCAGUGAUGCCGAUCGCAAGGAUGCCAUCAAGCAGGGCAACGGCGUCUACGCCUUCACCCUCAAGAACGCGAGCGGUGAAGAGGCCAGCUGGCAUAUCGACCUCAAGGAAACCGGCAAGGUCGGAACUGGCACCGGUGCAAAGCCUGAUGUCACACUCAUCCUCUCCGAGGAGAACUUUGGCAAGCUCGUCGCUGGCAAGGCCAACGCCCAGCGUCUCUUCAUGGGCGGCAAGCUCAAGAUUAAGGGCAACGUUAUGAAGGCGACCAAGCUUGACCCUGUGCUUAAGAAGGCUCAGGACAAGGCCAAGUUGUAGUUGAAGCGUGCUUUUCUGACGUCUGGAUAGCAUUUUUACUGCUUUUUGUAUGAUAUCAACUUGCUUGUCACUAAUCGCUCCGUACUGCCUGGAUGCGAGUGUAUAGAGGAGUAUUUGCGUCAAUGUCAAUUUAUCAUUUUAUACAGUGAG